UUUUAAAUCCAAACAUUAUCUCAUCAUUUGAUUUGUUUUACAUUUUAUGAUUAAAAUAUUCAUACAAUCACUUCAUUUGAUCCCAAGAUAUGGCACAACAGAUGAAACGUAAGAAGACAUCACUCGAGACCACAGAUGAUGGCAAUGAAGACGAAGACACACAACAGCCAAUGAUUUACGCGAAGAACUCUUUGGACAGAUUCGGUGAUGAUUUGUAUGAAGUAUUGCUGUAUUAUCUCUCACUCGAAGACCGAUUCCGUUGCGAAUGUGUGUCCAAACAGUUCCAGAGGACAGUCUUCGUGAGUGUUGUGGACAUCACUCUUAGCGAUGAAUUAAUACAGAGAUUACUGAAUGCGAAGAGAAGUGACGUUCAAAUGUUGGCCACAAUUGCCAUAAAGUGUGUAAACAUUGAGUGCAUUGACUGCCGAGGAAUAAGCGCUGUAUUUGAAGAACACAUUCCUGAAGUGUUGAACACAUUUCGAGACAAUUGCCGGCAUUUAAGGGAAAUCUAUUGCGAUUUGACGCCAAAUACUGCGCAAACAAUGCAUACAAUCGCACCACUGGUCACACGAAUCGGUGGUAUUAACUGCUAUAAAGAUAGUGAAGCGAUCACUCAUUGCCACCGAUUGUCACAAUUAAGGGUCCAAUCAUUUCAAGACAUCACAGACUAUACAAACGAUACACUGUUUAGCAAUAAUUUGCAUAAAUUUGUGUUGAGAUCGCAUUCAGCCAUUUUUAACGAGCGCUGGUCUGCAUUCGUGGCACAGAAUCAGUCGCUCCAGAGUUUGGUCUUAAAGUUAUGUUUUUUUGACAAUUCUGUGUCUUUGACCGAAAUGUGCGGACAAUUGUCACGAUUAACACAAUUACGGGAACUCACACUCGGGUUGGUAUCGGGUCUAUGGAAUGCGCCCAACUCUUUAGUUGUUAACCAGUGUUUGCGCACAAUUGGUGUGAAUUGCAAACAAUUGCAACGAUUGUCACUCGACUUGUAUUCACAUUCCGUCGAGAAUGGCGUCGACCCCUCACUCCCCAUAUCAUUGGAUUCAUUGAGAUUUUAUUCACGAUUAAGACGAUUAGAUUUAAGACUAUUGGCGGACAUCGAUGAGAAAGUGUGGGAUCCGUUGCGACACUGCAAGAGAUUAACGCAUUUAGAGUUGCAUUCACUGAAAAUGACAUCAAAUGUGUUGAAAGAUAUGCAUAUAAAGUGUCCGCGAAUUCAAUAUCUAUUCAUUCAUGGCUUUAAUAACACGAUAGACACCGAGUGUUUGUCUCACAUCUCAAGACUACCGGCGCUGCAAAUGCUUGUCAUUCAAUGCUAUGUAAGCGAUGGUCUCUCUGACAAUGACUUCGAGGAUCUGUUGUCCAGAAGUCCUAAACUAAAAGACAUUAAAAUUCGUGCAAAGAAUGGCUCAAAGUUUUAUUGCCAUAUGACACAACAGAUGAAACACUUGAAGACAUCACUCAAGACCUCAGAUGAAGAGGACGAAGACAUCCAACAGCCACAAAUUUACGCGAAGAACUCAAUGGACAGAUUCGGUGAUGACUUGUAUGCACUUCUCUUGUCUUACCUCCCAUUCAAAGACCGAUUCCGCUGCGAAAGUGUGUCGAAACAGUUCCAGAGAACUGUCUUCGGGAGUGUAUUCCACGUCACACUUCACAAAGCGUUCAUUACAUUUGACGUUCAAUUGUUGGCCACAAUCGCCAAAAAGUGU